AGUUUGCAAAAAGUGGAACCAGAUUCUUUCUGACAAUUCAUUAUGGAGGCAUGUUGAUCUGACUGAGUACCGUCUCGAUUUGAAGGCAAUAUGGAAACUUGUAAGAUAUCAUUUGUCCCCAUCUCUCUUAACAUUGAAGAUACAGUGCUAUGCUUAUGCAGAUAGCAACAGUAAAGGAAGGGCCUUAGUUUCCAAAGCCUUGCUAAGAGAACUGUCCACUCGCUGUCCGAACCUGCGGCUUCUGCAUCUUAAUGAGUGUAAAAUGAACAGCAUCCCAUUUAAGUAUCUUCCUCCAUCCACCACAUGUCUAGAUAUGGUCUGCAGCAGAUGGAAGUCCCGAUGGAUGAAAGACAAACAGAUGCAUCUGCCAAACCUACAACAACUGUCUCUGGUGUUGUCUGGACAAAUGAAUGACUUUGAUAUUGGAGACAUUGCUACCUUUGCUAAGCAUUUGACAGAGUUAGAAGUUUUAAAUCUCAUUUUGCUUAAGAUAGAUGAUUCAGCAGUCCAGUACAUUGCACUGCACUUGAAGAAGCUACAGAAAUUGCGUUUUGUUCAUUGCCACUCAAUAACUGACCGAGCUGUUAUUUCAAUAGCUGAAGGACUUCCAGCGUUAAACAUGUUGGACAUUUCAUAUUGUCCCCGCAUUACAAUGAGAGGACUGAAGUCAUUGUUUGUUUGCAAAUUAUCAGUGCUGAUUGUUGGACGCGAAUACAGUUUGUCUGAAAAAAAGAAGCAAAUUUUGAAAACAGGAUUUCCUGAAAAUUUCGUUUUGAUAGCAUAG